AGCGAUGACGGUACCUGGAAAUAACCUCGUGUCGCCCCGUGCGAAGCGGCUCCGUGCGCUCGGUAUAUUAUGCGAUCGCCAGGUUAUAACUAUUUAUAAAACCAGCUCGCGACCGGCGUAGACCCUUUAAGAUGGUAGAGCAAACAUUACCCGUGACAAAUUGAACGUACCUCGCCGUUCUGUCUUAUUAAAAUUGAUCGAGACCUUGGGAACCUCGUCGCCUCUGAUCUCUGAUGGAGCGGUCCUACUUGUGAAACUUCCAUCCGCCGAUACGUCACGUUAAGCAUGGCUCUUCUAGGAGCGCAAUUGGUCAUCACUCUUGUAAUGGUCAGCGUCAUACAAAAACUGAGUCCACAUUUUUCCUUCGCGAGAUGGAUCCUAUGUUCGACAGGAUUGACACGAUAUCUGUAUCCAACAGAUCAACAAUUAAGAGCGUUAGCUGGUGUGCCGAAGGAGAAACCAAAGAGAGGAAAGCACAGCGAAAAUGGCAAAGUGGGAGAUGUGUUUCACAUCCCUAGAAAUCUGGAUAUCAAGCUUGAAAGUGCAAAAAUAACUGCUCUCGAUGUAGUGCACUUAAAAUAUUACACGGAAUAUCAGUGGCUAUUAGAUUUCUCUGUGUACGCUAUCAUCGUUUAUGUACUGACUGAGGCAUACAAUUAUUUGUAUCCAAUCAAAGAUGAGAUUAAUCUCAGUAUACUAUGGUGCGUGGUGGUCUUGGGCUUUGCAUUUAAAGUACUACUUUCCCUCUGGAUACAAUAUUUCAAGGGGGAAGAAAGUGUUGGUGAAAGAUCUACAUGCAUCGUUACUGGAUUUGCGUAUCUUCUUAUCGCUAUGAUGGUACUCAUAGUUGAUGAAAAUAAAUUGGAAAUUGGGUUGGAAAAGGCAUAUACAAGUUUCAAUCAUAGUGCUUCUCAUUUUUUAGACACUCAAGGGCUUUCUUCGACAGGACCAGCCUCAAAAAUUGUCUUGAAGUUUUUUCUGGCUAUAUGGUGCGGUUUAUUGGGAUCUUUGUUCACUUUCCCAGGAUUGAGGGCGUCAAAAAUGCAUUGGGAUACGUUGAGGUAUUAUAAAGAUCAUAAAUUAUUAUUGCUAAUAGCAAAUAUCAGUUAUGCAUCACCCCUUCUAUUAGUGGGUCUAUGGAUUACGCCCAUAAGUAGAGAUUAUUUAACUGUUCGGAUAUUUAGUGGUAUGACUGGUCCACUAAUGACAGUAGCAAGGUUUGAAAGUUUGAGGUUGAUUAUUAUUGUUGUUGUCGGUUUAUUAAAAAUUGUACUCAUGCCAAUAUAUCUGCAAUCUUACUUAAAUCUCGCCAUACAGAGAUUGGAGAUUCAAAAGAAAGAAGCUGGCAGAAUAACUAAUGUCGAUUUGCAGAAAAAGAUUGCAGCUGUGUAUUAUUACCUAUGUGUAGUGGCGCUACAAUUUGUUGUUCCCAUAAUUAUAUGUCUAUUUUUUACAUUUUUGUACAAAACACUGGGUGGUUUUACCUGGGAGGGUAUCUUAAAGGGAACUUUGGAGGAAGAGUGCCCAGCGGACGAAUUACCGAAGUCAUUAUCGUCUACAAUUAAUUCUGAUAAUAUCGACAAGACUGUUAUACAAACCGCUGAAGAAGUUCAACUUGCGUUAGGUUCAUUAAAACAGAUAUUUACCACAGAUGUGUACAGAGGUGUCUUAGGCUUAGCAACAUGGUGGAGUUGUUUCGCGUUAUUUUCGACCAGUGCUAUGGGCAUGUUUUAUCAGUCGUAUUUUUCGAACAUGUGAAGUGAUCUAUUGGGGGGAAAAAAAUCCAGUCGCAUCGCACAAAUCUUCAUUAAUUCAUAGAUCAGCCAUUCAUUAUUAUAUCAUUGUCCAUUGAAAUACGUAUUUUCAGAUUACCUAUUUUAAUGCCUAUCGCCAAAUGAUUAAGAUAACGGCUACCGAUAAGAUUUUGUAAUGCGUAUGGCAAUAAAUAAUAUCAUAAUUGUAUUGUAAAUAAAGACUUUGGGGACUUAAAUCAAAACGAUGAACGUGUUAAAAACGUGAUUAUAAUACAAUAUACGAAUUUUAACAUGCUAUCACGUAAUGUACAAAUAAAACAGGAUUAAAUUAGUA